CAUUACGCAUGACGUAUGAAUGUGCGUCGUGACGAUUGCUGGUCGACAGUUUUCCCUCCUCGUUGACAAAGCUAUCCGGCGCUGCUGAUGUUUGUCUAAACAAACAUCAUUUUGGACUCGAUAGCUUCAACAACACCACGAAAGGAAGAUAAAGAAACCCACCGACCAGAGCAGCGUUGGUUUAGACAACCUAUGAGGUCCUGCUAGCAGGGCAAGAUGUUCAACAAGUCAUUUGGUACUCCCUUUGGGGGAGGGACUGGGGGGUUUGGUACCUCAUCAACCUUUGGCCAGCAAAACGCAGGUUUUGGGGCACCAGCAGGAGGCUUUGGGACGUCUGCGUUUGGGACCACAGCCACCGCUCCAGGACUGUUCGGCGCUACACAGAAUAAACCUGCAGAAAGAAAUAAAGUGAAAGAUAUCGGCGGUCUGUUUGGGUCCAGUACGUUCAGCCAGCCGGCGGCUUCUUCCGCCAGCACUGGCUUCGGUUUUGGUGCAGCAAGCGGAACGACCACCAACCUGUUUGGCAGCACGGCAGCGGGCACCACCGGUGGACUCUUCUCCCAGCAGAACAAUGCCUUCAGUGCCAACAAGCCCACCUCGUUUGGAAAACCUCCUGACAAAGUCUCCCUCCCACCGUGUCCUCCAGGCUUCGGGACGAGCACCAGCAGUGGCGGGCUGUUCGGCGCCACCAGCACUGCCACCGCCAACCCUUUUGGUGGAACCGCCUCCCUCUUCGGAGGCGCUGGCUUCUCCGCCACACAGCAGCCAGGAACCACCGUGAAGUUCAACCCUCCAACAGGAAGUGACACAAUGGUGAAAGCGGGCGUGACCACAAACAUCAACACCAAGCACCAGUGCAUCACCGCCAUGAAGGAGUACGAGAACAAGUCCCUGGAGGAGUUGAGGCUGGAGGACUACCAGGCAGGCAGGAAGGGUCCAACCACCCCAAUGGCGGCACCGACGGGCAGCAUGUUCGGCGCAGCCCCGGCCACAUCCAGCGCUGCCACCGGUCUCUUUGGCGCCACCGCCCCCAACACCAGCUUCUCCUUCGGACCGAACAAGAGCACUUUCGGAGCGACACCUGCCGCCGGUUUCGGUGCGACAGCCGGCGGUCUGUUCAGCCAGCCGACACAGCAGCCUGCCGCCAGCCUCUUCAAGCCGUUUGGUCAGCCCACCACCACUCAGAGCACGGGCUUCUCCUUCGGCAACACCAACACCAUGGGACAGGCCAACACCAGCAGCAUGGGUUUGUUUGGGAACACUGCAGCGUCUCAGUCGGGCGGGUUGUUUGGCGCAGCUCAGACGAGUACGGCCACCGGCUUUGGGACAGCCGCGGGGCUGUUCGGCCAACCCAACACUGGGUUUGGAAAUGUGGGAACUCAGCCGAGUCUCUUUGGUAAUAAGACGGCUGGGUUCGGCACCACCACCACCAGCGCCCCGUCGUUCGGCACCGGCACCGGGCUGUUUGGAAACAAGCCGGCGCUCACGCUGGGCACGGCAGCCAACACGUCCACCUUCGGAUUUGGUGCGAACCCCGCUGCAGGGAGUCUGUUUGGGAGCAAGCCGGCCACCGGAGGACUGGGAACUGGGCUGGGAACCAGCUUUGGAGCAGCAGUGGGUGCCGGUCAGACAUCUCUGUUUGGAAGUAACCAGAACAAACUGGGCACCACGCUGGGAACCAUGGGAACGUUCGGAGCGACAGGAUUCAACAGCGGGACGAGCACGCUCGGCUUUGGAGCUCCGCAGCAGCCCGUCGCUCUCACAGAUCCGAAUGCAGCGGCGGCCCAGCAGGCCGUGCUACAGCAGCAGCUCAGCGUCCUGGCCUACUCACCGUACGGAGACUCGCCGCUGUUCAGAAACCAGCUGUCAGACCCGAAGAAGAAGGAGGAGCGUCUGAAACCAACCAAUCCGACGGCUCAGAAGGCUCUGACCACACCCACUCACUACAAACUGACGCCCCGCCCUGCGACCAGAGUCCGCCCCAAAGCACUUACAUCAUCGGGAGCCUCCAAGACACAACUCUUCGAUGGCCUGGAUGAUGAUGAGCCCUCGCUCACCAACGGAGCCUUCAUACCCAGGAAGAGUAUCAAGAAACUUGUGCUAAAGAACCUGAACAGCAGUCAGUACAACAGUCCAAUCAGCAAAGAGACAGAUGACCUCGCUUCACCUUCAGAUUAUCCACAGAAUGGACACAGUCACAUGGAGGAUGAGGAGGAGCUGAGGGAGGCGCCGGGCCGCAGCAGCCGAGCUGAAGACGACCCAGAGGUCACACAAUUUUACGUCAACCCCAUCGCCAAACCGAUCCCUCAGGGAUCCCUCAGGGUCCAGACCAGCCUGCAGGACACCAUCAGCGACCUCAACUUGCACAAAGCAGCCAGGAACGGACUGGAGCUGAGCAGUGAGGAUGUGUCGGCGUCCCUGGGGGAGGAGUCUCUGCAGGAGGAGAGAGAGGAGGAGCCACAGGAGUCCCAACAGUCUCCUCACCCUGCAGGCAUCGUUCUGAACCGUGUGGGAUACUACACCAUCCCUUCCAUGGAUGAUCUGUCGGAGAUGGUGGACGAGAACGGAGACUGUGUGGUGGAGAACUUCACUGUCGGCAGGAAAGGCUACGGCUCCAUCUUCUUCCCCGGCGAGGUGAACGUGACUGGACUGAACCUGGAUGAGAUUGUCCACUUCAGACGCAAAGAAGUCAUCGUGUAUCCAGAUGACAAAAACAAGCCGCCUGAGGGGGAGGGGCUUAACAGGCGGGCCGAGGUGACUCUGGACGGCGUUUGGCCGAACGAUAAGACGACCUGCAUCCAGAUCAGGAGCCCCGAGCGCCUGACUGACAUGAACUACGAGGGCCGUCUGGAGAAAGCUUCACGCAAACAGGGCGCCAAAUUCCUCGAGUACAGAACUGAGACUGGAUCCUGGGUCUUUGAGGUGAGCCAUUUCUCCAAAUACGGCCUCCAGGAUUCUGAUGAGGAGGACGACGUCCCGCUCAAGACAGACCCCAAAAAGCUGAAGACGAUGAUGUCACUUCCUCCCUCCAAUCUGCAGCAACAACUGCCCCCAUCCCAGCACCAGGUGGCGCCGCAGGCUCAGUCCACUGUUGUGGCUGAUCUUCAUAGCGACAUGGCAGAGUUGGACAGCGACAUGGCCGACAUAACUCAGAGCUUCCCGACAGAGAGCAUGCUGGGAGGAGAAGGGUACAUUGAGUUGCCUGUGGGGGAGAUGGAGACAACAGCCGGGAAGCUCGCAGGUUUGAUCUCCGCAGAGCACGACAGUGUCUCUACGUCCGGCCACAUCGCGUCCUCGCUGGGCAUCAACCCGCACACCCUUCAGAUUAUGAAGGCGUCUCUGUUUGCUGAGGACGAGGAUGGCGACGACAUGUUCCCGGAUCACACAGCCAUGAAGGUGUCUAAGGUCUCUGACAUCUCGUCCCCUCGCCUGGUCGUGCCGGGGACUCAGAGCCGACCCUCAGUGGGCGGUCUCCUUCAGGCUCGUUUCACCUCCGGCCUCCUCUCUCAGAUGUCAGACUCCUCCCCCCGCCCCCCUCUUCUUCCUCCCUCUCUGUCUCGGGCGUCUCCUUCGGCAGUUGAACCCUCCCGGUCCAUGCAGUGGGCGGGGCCUGGACCCACUUCUUUCCUGCUGCCCCCUCGGGCUCCUGAGCCGGCAGUCAGGACAGUUGGCGUUCGACGCCUGGGCGGCCCUGUCCCCUUAACAGAGUCGAUCACUCAGGGGAAGGGCCAUCUGUUGAUGGACGCGGGGCUGUUUGCAGGUCGCUCCUUCAGGGUGGGGUGGGGUCCCGGCUGGACGUUGGCACACUGCGGCCAACAGCUGAGCUCCCUGUCAGCCAGACAGCUCGACCAGGAACUGACCACCAAAACCGACUUCAGCUUCCUGCCAAAACCAGCCAGGAGCAAACCACUCGUGGAAAGUCCCUAUAAGGUUCUGUUGGAGCAGCUGGUGGGUCUGGAGCCUCCUGCAGUGAAGAGCAGUGAGGAGGAAGACGAGGAGAGCCAGGCGGUGCUUCAGCGCCCCCUGGAGAUCUGUCUGAAGCACAGCACCGUCGACACCACGGACGCCUCCGCCUGCCCGCUUGUCCGACCGCUGCCUGGUGUGUCGGCGCUUCAUGAAUACGCCGAGUGGAUCAGCGAACUGAACGACCAACAGGGAGAUACAGACCCUCUGUUGGGUUACUGGUCAGAGGUGUGGACGCUGUGUGAGGCUCUAUGGGGUCGUUUGGCUCCUGCAGAUCAGGAUCCCGACGUGGAGACGCUUGGCGAGUACGAGCAGCAGCUGGAGAGGAGGCGGAGCUUCUCUGCCUGGCUCGCCCACGGAGCCUCCACCAGGGUGGAGGAGGAGGUGGCGCAGGCCAGAAACGGUCGCCACACGGACGCCAUCUUCAGCUACCUGACGGGAAACCGCAUUAGUGAGGCGUGUCGACUAGCCCAGGAGAAAGGAGACCACCGUCUGUCCCUGCUGCUGUCUCAGGCCGUGGGCUCUCAGUACUGCCGAGAACUGCUCGCCCUGCAGCUUGCGGACUGGAACCGCAUGCAGACCGACUGCUACCUGCCUGAGGAACGACUGCGUAUCUUCACGCUGCUCGCUGGGAAACCUGUGUGGCAGUCGUCUGACUCUGAGGUUAACGUGUGCUCGGAGCUGGACUGGAAGCGCUGCGUGGCCGUCCACCUCUGGUUCAUGCUGCCGCCAACGGCCUCUGUGGCAGACGCCCUCGUCAAGUAUGAAGCUGCCUUCCAGGGCUUAUGUGAGGGGGGGAAGUACGCCUGUGCCCCCCUGCCUCCGUACAUUGAGGCGGAGCAGCCUAACAUGGAGGAUGAGGAGGAAGAGUCAAAACGUCCACUUCAUGACCUCUGCUUUCACCUGCUGAAACUCUACAGCGACAGACACUACAGCCUGCAGCAGCUGUUGGACCCUCUGACCGUCACCUGGGAGCGUCUGGACUACCGUCUGAGCUGGCACCUGUGGGGAGUCUUGCAAGCGCUGCACUACAGCCACCUGAGCGCCUCGCGGCAGGGUCUCCUCCACGCCAGCUACGCCGCACAGCUGGAGAGUGCGGGCCAAUGGCACAUGGCAAUCUUCAUCCUGUUGCACAUUCCCGACCACUCUCAGCGGGAGCGAGCGGUGCGGGAGAUGUUGGCCCUCCAUUGCCCCCUGCAUGACACGGACGAGUCGGUGCGGAGGGAGCGCUUCCUGACCGAGAGGCUGCUGAUCCCGGAGCAGUGGAUCCACGAGGCCAAGGCUACCCGAGCAUGCCGCGACACCAACAGACACUUGGAAGCGCUGCACCUGUACCGUGCCGGAUACUGGAGCCGGUGUCACCGUCUGCUGAUCCAACACCUGGCCUCAGACUGCAUCAUCAACGAUAACCACGACUACCUGCUGGAGUUCCUGGAGGGGCUGGCGGUCCCUGAACACAGCGCGACCAUCCAGGACUGGGACACGGCAGGGAGGGUUUAUCUGGACUACAUCCGAGUCAUAAAGACUCUGCAUGACAUCCAGCAGAUGGAGAAUGCAGGUUACGAGCUGGAGCGUCUCUACACGGACACAACGUCUCUGUGCAGCAGGAUCGAGCUUCUGCCCUGCAGCACCGCCAGAGACCGGCUCGCCCAAUCAGAAAUGGCGAAGCGUGUGGCGAACAUCCUCCGCGUGGUGUUGAGCUUGCAGCAGGGCGACGCAGCGUCCGACUCCCUCAGCAUCCCGCUUGCACAGCUGGCCCCACACAUCACCCGCCUGCCGAUGCCCGAGGACUACACACUGGAGGAGCUUCGAGGCCUCACGCAGUCGUACCUGAGACAGCUCAUCGUCAGCCAAUGAGAGCACAGGAACACGAACAGGAGAGCAGACAUGACGACAGAUGGACAGAGCAGCACAGCUGCUUCAGAUGCAGAAGGUUUUUAAAAAGACAAACAAGCAAAAAAAGGUGUCUGAUUUCGUUUCUGGGAGUCUCAGAACAUUUUGAGAACUUUUCUCUAGAGUUUAUUUUUUGUUUGAUUUUGGACGCCGUCCGUCUCUACUUCAGCAUUUUCAAUUUGUAAACCUGUGACACUUCAUUCCUCAUCAUCUGUGUCUCACUUUUUCAGAGUGUCAAGAAAGAUAAUCAACAGCAGGUGACAUGAAAUGACUCUUUAACAACCUAAACCACACCACUGCGAUCUAAAUGUUUUAUUUACUCGCAGCUCACGGUCAAACAAAAGGCUCAAGGUUCCCCACUUUUCCCCGAAGAAGUAAGGCAAAGACGAGUCGAAAGGUUCACCUGCUGGCCAAUGCAGGAAAGCAAAGAAAAAUAAUUUUAUAUGACCAAAAUGAUCUCUGUGUUCUAGACUUUUGUCGGUUAAUUAACUAAAUGAAUCGACUUGAAAUACACUUGGAAUAAUAUAAAUAAUUUGGAGCAUGAGGCAGAAUAGCGAGGGUUUGUGCAGACAUUUAGGAACGAAUGUUUUUGUGUUCAGACCAAAAGCAAAAGAUAAUUUAACUCUAUUUCUAGAACGAGUCGUUGCAAAGAUGUAGAAAUUCACACAAAUGACUUUGACAUUCCUGAUGUGAAGUAAGAAAGGCGAGAAUGUCAAACAUAAGUCCAGACAGAGGUGACGAGACGCUUCCUUACAACCUGCUUGUGUGCGUGCGCGUAUAGAUGAUGUUUUGAACCCAGACAUGAAAGAUGCCGAGAGAAAUGCAAAAGUUCACUUUGCUUUUGGUCUCAACACAUUUGAGGCGUUUAUUCUUCGUUUUAUUCUUUCUGAUGGAAUAAAGUUUAGGAGACUCUCUUGGGUUGAUAUUUUGGGGGCCUUUAUUAGAUCUGACAGCAGAAGAGAGACGGGAAACUUUGGGAGGAGAGAGAGCGUGGGAUGACAUGCAGCAAAGGUCGGAAUUGGAACCUACGGUCGCUUAUGCAACAUAAGUGCUAGGCUAUCCGGCGCUCCAGCAGACUCUCUUAGUUUAUUUGUUUUUUUAAAUCUGGGUCUCAGAGCCCUCAGGGUCUACCCAAGCUCGUUUGAGACUAAUAAAAACUAAUUGUGACUGGUCAAAGUAGAAUUGGAGGUCUGUCAUUGGAUGUGUUGGAGAUCUGGAGCCUGAAACUGUGGGAUUAAAAUUAUAUUCACACAAAGAGUCAUUUUAAAGUUCUGUGCUUGUUGUUUAAUCUUUAAAUGCUCCCAGAAACGGGCUUCACUCCUCCCAUGGCAGAGUUUCUUCUCUCUGUGCACGCUAGCGUUAAAACCCUCCAUAGCAUGUCUGACACGUACUCCAAAGAAACGUCACGUUAUUGCAAAGCUCUGAUAAAAAUGUGUGUGUGUGGGAGAAGACACAAUCACACCUCGGCAACGUUAGUUGUUGGUGAAAGAAAACGGCCGUUAGCUUAGCGCAGUGUGACGGUAGCAUCUGUUCAUCUGUCGAUAUGUGAAUAAAUGAUCUUAUUAAUACAGACGAGCGCUGACGUCGUACAAAGGGGUUCGAUGUGCACAAAGUGGAUUUUUCUGGAGACGACGACUCGGACGAGAGCUCGACGGGCAAAGAGUUAAAACACCUGAUGGUCUAUUUUUGUAGAUUUCUUUUUUUUCUCUGUUUGAAUGAGAGUCAAUUCAGGUGUGUGUGUGCGUGUGUUAACGUCUGUGUGAGGUGUGUUAGCGUGUGUUUGAGUCAGUUUUGUAUGUAGCGUGUGUGUUAACGUCUGCGUGUGAGGUGUGUGAGGUUCUAUUAAGGUCUGUGUGUGUGUGCAUGUAAACCAUAGAUAAAUGACUACAAACAUAAAAGUAUUUUUUAUAUAUUAUAACUUCAUUUGAGUUUCAUGUCCUGUUUCCUAAAGUGAAGCGUUUCCUUCCAAAACCGGACGCCAGUCAGAGAUUUCGCUGCGUGUAAUUAUAUAAAUAUUGUAUAUUUUUGGAAACGGGGAACAUCAGGUCAUUUUUAUCCUCAACCUUUAAUUAUUGAUCAAUUGGAUGCAAAGCGUUUUGGAAUGAAGCCCUUCACUUAUUGGUUGCUUGUUUGGCUCGUCUUCUUUUUGUUGUAGAUUAACCGUCAGCCCGCCAAGAACGUUUGUUUUUCAACUCAGUUUUGUUGUUUCACAGGAAACAGGAAGCUCUAUGAUGUCUGUUUAUUCUCCUGUUUAACCAAAUGUGUGUGUGAGAGCAUGUUUCCUGAUGAUUCUGUUGAUAAUAUUUUUUAAUAAAGUCGAGUAGAAAUAAAGAAAUGUUUCUGUUU